AUGAAGGGAGGGAGGGAGGCAGGGAGGGAGGGAGGAGAGGGAUGGGCAGAGGUCCUCCACGAUUCUGCCGACAUGAAUAUGUAUGCUGUGCCCAACCCGGCAAUACCAGGCUGCCCACCGGGAUUAGAGUACCUUACACAAGUGGAUCAGCUCCUCAUCAAACAGAAAGUCGAGCUCAUUGAAGCUCUGGUUGGCUUUGAAAGCAACAACAAGUAUGAGGUUCGAAACGUGGUGGGCCAGAAUGUGUUCUAUGCCGUGGAGGAGAACGACUGCCUGAGCAGACAGUGCUGCGGCCCGCUGCGCUCAUUCACCAUCCACGUCCUCGACAACUUUGGCCAAGAGAUCAUCACCGUCACCAGGCCGCUGAAGUGCAUGUCCUGCUGCUUCCCUUGCUGUUUACAAGAACUCGAGGUGCAGUCCCCCCCCGGGAACACGGUGGGCUAUGUGAUACAGCAGUGGCAUCCCUUCUCCCCGAAAUUCAUUGUUGCAAAUGAACACAACGAGCCUGUGCUGAAGAUCCACGGGCCCUUCUGUGGUUGGAGCUGCCUUCCAGAUGUUGACUUUGAGAUUUUGACACUGGAUGAAGUCAGCAAGAUUGGGAAGAUCAGUAAGCAGUGGACGGGGCUGCUGCGGGAGGUCUUCACAGACUCAGACAACUUUGGGAUCCAGUUUCCCAUGGAUCUGGAUGUGAGGAUGAAGGCCGUGAUGAUCGGAGCGUGUUUUCUCAUUGAUUUCAUGUUUUUUGAGAGCACCAACUAGGAGCCAAACAGGAGCUCCAUGCAGCAUCUCUGGUGGAAAAAUGGCUACAAAGCCACGACGAUCGGCUCCACAUGACCCAACAUCCAACAACCUUCCCAUGGACAGAAUACCAGGCGUACAGAAAUGUACCCACAUGUAAUAUUGCAUGAACAGCUAAAUAGGAGGUUUGUUUUUAGUCUUAGCUGCUCAGGUCGGUUGUGAAGUCGUGUUACUGGGCUGUGAGUGCACGAAGCAGUUUUCUGUUAUUUAUUUAUUUAUUUACUCUGGAUAUUUUUACACUGAUUGUUUGGUUUUUUCGUGUUUUUCAUUUCAGUGUUUCUUUGUGUUUCCUGAUCCAAUCUGUGAUCAGUUAAAAAAACAUUCAUAGAAAUGUUAUUAUAUAUGUUUAAAGCAGCUGUGUUGUGGGAGAAGUAAGGAACAUAUGUGUUGUAGUAGUUAAUAGUUCUAAUCUUUAAUGCCCUUAUUUAUUUAUUUAUUUAUAUUUUGGUCGGGUGAACACUUUGUCAUCUUAAAGCAAUGUGUUUGUGCACUGCUUUGUGCAUGUGUUUGCGCGUCUGUGUUGUAAACUGAAACAUAACUGCUCAUACUUUAACAUACAAAGCGUUUACAUUUUCAUGCCACAAAAUGGUGCGUUGUUUCUUUAAUUUUUUUGUGUGUUGGUUAGUAUGUUUUUUAGCGAAUAAGAACUUGACCUGCCAUCUCAGAUUUGACCACAGGAGGGAGGUAGAUAUGUACUUAGCAUCUGUUCACUGUCCAAAUGAACAAUAGUUGCUUUUGCCACAGAAUCCUAUCCAGAUAUUAGUGUCUGAUGGCAUUAUAUAUUUUUGGACACACUCAGGUUGAAAUGCACACUAAUGUAUGAUAGUAUAUUUGGCCACUGUUGGUUUAGGGAAUUACACACCUGAACCUGAUACUACUGAUUUAGAGAUGUGGUUUAGUACAGUUAUAAAGUAUACAUUAAGUCUUAGAAUUUAAAAAGUGAUGGAGUGAAAGAUUGUCAGACAGGUUUUAUUGCAUUAAUGCCACUAAGUGUUUUUGUAGCCAUGACAAAACCAUGUUUUUUUUCUUCACAUUUUUCUUCAUAUUUAUCAUUCUGCAGACCUGCUGAAAAAUGUCCAUCUUAAGUCAUUUUUUAAAAACGUAUUAGGCUUAAAGAUUUUUAUUUUUGUAGAAAUUACUAAAUACUGCCAGUUAGAUUUUUAAAAUAUAUAUGUUGCCUGUGCAAAUGAUCUGGUUUCAACAGUUUUACUCUGCCUUCAGUGUACUGACCAGUGUUUGCAGAUUUACUAACAGUGGAUUGAUCUGCUAAGAUGGGUGUUUUUUUUAUGCCCGUUUUGUUUUCCUGGUAUAAUUUCUUGGUUUUGGUAAAUUAGGACUGCAGCAGUUCUUCGUUAAAAUGCAGUCAAAGGUCAGUAACAGAUGUGGUAAGCUCAAGGCUGUGAUUGUGUUUAAGAGACAAAUAUUUAGGUCAGAAUGUGAUGGCAAGCUUACCAUUUCUGGUAGAAAAUCUUUAAAAGUCCUAUUUUUGCACUAACUCAGACUGUUCUGUCAUGCAAGUAAUGGAAACUAAGCUUAGCUUGAAUUGUGCAAAGUCAUCAAUGGACACACCUAAAUAAACAAACAUGUUUUGUGUGCAGUUCUGUUUAUUUAUUUAUUUUUCAAAUCAAUAAGCAUAAAAAAUUGAACAUGGCUAUUCUUAGUUGAAUAGCUGGGGAUUAUAUUCCACUUCUAAAUAAUCUUUCUCAUUAUAGACCAAAGGCCAUAAAAUUGUUUGGAAUGGUCCUAUAAAAGCUUUCAGGGCCGAUGGUCGGCAGCACUCACUUUCUUUUGGGAUCACUGCUGAUGUCUUUCCUCCGUGGCAUUGUUCUCACUCACACCUAAAAGCUGCAUAAAGCAAACUGUCAGAGCCCCAGCUCCCAUCUACUAAUCAUACCUGAAUCAUAAUUACCAGGCGGCUACUUACAGCGUUAAUGCCUGUUAAAGAAGUAAGACUACUUGCUUUUACACUCAGUGCCUCAACAUUUUUUUCCAUUUAGUCAGAUAAAUAACACUGAAAUAUGUUCUUUUGUUCAUGGAAGGUUGUGCUGACCUGAUUCUUUCAAUAAAGUCCUGACAUCUAAAACCUUG